AUUCAUCUACACUGCUGCAGUACACAUCGCACCGUGUACUAUGAAUUCUUUCGUGUAUGUGUCCCUCUUGUGCGCUGUCGCGACCGUAAAUGCCGGCUUCUCAGGCAGUUACGGAGGCCACGAUGGAGGAGGUCACGACAUCUCCCACACCGUGGAGAUCACCAAGCACGUACCUAUCCCCGUGUACAAGCACGAGGCUGUCCCGAUUCCCCACACCGUCCCCGUCCCCGUACCCAAACCAGUAGCGGUACCGGUUCCACAACCCUAUCCCGUCCACAUUAAGGUGCCACACCCAAUCGCCGUCCCCGUCAUCAAGACCAUCACCAUCCCCGUGGAGAAGCCAGUACCUUACAAGGUUGAGAAGGAGAUCCCCUACCACAUCGAGAAACCAGUGCCAGUACCAGUGGAGAAGCAUGUGCCCAUCAGGAUCCCCAAGCCAGUGCCUGUCAAGGUGCCAGUGUACAAAGUUGUGUACCAUCAUAGCAAACACUGAGUUGAAGCCCCAAGACUGAUGCAUCCUCAUUUUCAUCACCUUUCAUCGCAGUCAUCUUUUCUAGUACUAUUGUUGUUUUGUUGAUUUUUUGUUACCUACUUUGUAAUAAAUGUCCUUUGAUAUAAAAGCG